GGAUCGAUUGAACAAGAACAGCUGUAUGGCAGAUGACGGCUAUCUUCUUAACUAACUAUUGGGAUCUAUUAUUUUUAUGUUAAGUAACGCCACUUUUAACAUUUAAAGCAUAUGAUAAUCUACAAGGCACAUGUUAAUUUCAGCGAAACGGUUGCUAAUCUUCUGUUUACAAGGCAAUGAGGAAAGGGAAGAAGCUCCAGCAACAGAACACUGGAUCUCAAGUGAAUGGGAAUGGAAACGUGAGGAGACAAGGAGAGCAGGAGUCCAGGAAGAAGCAGAAGCUUGUUGAAAUCCACCAGGCCCUGAACAGUGACCCUGUGGACAUUGAGACGCUGCGCAGGGCGGCCAUCAGCGAGGGUGGGCUCCUGACGGACGAGAUCAGGAGGAAAGUGUGGCCCAAGCUGCUCAGUGUCAACAUCUACAACUUACCAGCCAAGCCCUCGAAAGAUGCCAGAGAUGGCCAUAAGGAUUACAAUCAGGUGCUCCUCGAUGUCCGGAGGUCGAUGCGUCGUUUUCCCAAAGGGAUGCGGGCGGAGCAGAGGGAGGUGCUGCAGGAGCAGCUGAUUGACAUCAUCCUGGACGUGCUUCGGAGGAACCCACAGCUUCACUACUACCAGGGCUACCACGACAUCGCUGUCACCUUCUUGUUGGUGGUGGGCGAGCGGAUGGCCAUCGCCAUGGUGGAGACCCUCUCCAAUCACCACUUGAGGGAUUUCAUGGACCCGACGAUGGAUAGCACCAAGCACAUCCUCAAUUACCUGAUGCCCAUCCUGGAGGAGGUGGACCCUGAGCUGCACCGCUUCAUGCUGAGGGCGGAGGUGGGCACCAUCUUCGCGUUGAGUUGGCUGAUAACGUGGUAUGGCCACGUCCUCUCCGAGUUCCGCCACGUCCUGCGGCUCUACGACUUCUUCCUGGCCUCCCACCCCCUCAUGGCCGUCUACUUCGCUGCAGUGAUCGUCCUGCACAGGGAGGAGGAGGUGAAGACUGCGGACUGUGACAUGGCCAGCGUGCACCACCUCCUGUCCCAGAUCCCCCAGGACCUUCCGUACGAGGACCUGAUCGCCCGCGCCCAGCGCCUCUUCCUCCGCUACCCCCCGCCGCUGUUGGCCAAGCGGGCCGUGCUGCAGUCCCGAAAGAGCAUCGCUAUCAACUCCUUCAAAGACUUCCAGCUGGCCACCCUCCAGCAGCGCCCCGAUGCCGUCCUGCGCCGCCAGCUCCACCACCAGCCCCCAGGGGACACGCCGCCCACCACCACCAGCCAGCUGGUGAAGGUGGCCGUGUGGGGCAUCUCGGCCACGCUGGGCGCCGCGGCGCUGGCCGUGGCGCAGACUGCCAUGGAGUGGGCGCCUGACUUCCUCCUGCAGCUGUUCUGAACACCGCCAGCAGGGGGCGUUACGUGCCAAACCGUGCGUGUUAGAUGGGUUUCUAAACCUAUGCUCCCAUCCCCAAAGGUGGAGUUGGGAGGGGGGGAAUCCAGCGUCAGUCUCGUCAGAAACAUGAUUUAUUUAUUCCAUAACUUUUAUAGAUUUUACUUGUGCUAAUAUUGGGAAAGAAGGGUAUGAGAUUAGUUUUUGUAAUCAUAAGCAUUUUGAAGGCCCGUUCAGUCAGCACUAUGCGACUGAGAAAGUGUGCAAAUAGCAGAGGUAGGAAUUAUUAAAAAGCUUUUUUCUCCCUGUCGAAUGUCAUGAUGGUAGAACAGGAGAGGUAUAAUCUAGGGAAAUAAACACAAACGCAAUAAGGUUGUCUAAAAUGUUCUACCAUAUUAAUUUUCCGUGGAGGAGAAAGGGCAUUUCACUUUGACGAAAAAGCACUUUAAAGCACAAGCUGUGUCCGACUGAGCCUGCAGAGGACCAAGCUGAGAUAUAACCCAUGAUCGCCAGGGACAGCCGCUUGCAAUGUAUCAUAGCCAGGGGAGGAGAAUAUUAUUGUGACAUCACAGUCACGGGGAGGGGAGGAAAUGUCAGCUGCCCUCUGGAAUGUUCCGGAACGCCCACAGCUCAUGAUUGCCAUAGAGCUUCUGUAGCUGCAUUUGGUCAUUUAUGAUAGAAGGACAUCUGCCUUUGGUGCAGGAAAGUCAGAGGUUCCUUUAACAUCUCAAAAUGGAGGCCCACUUUUUAUUCUUCAUAGAGUAUGGCAGCAAAUUCUUGUAAAACAGAUCUGGCUGAGUAAACAUCUCCUGUGUCUCCUCCCCUAUCCGUCCUGACAGAAUACUCUGUUGGUGGGCUAGCAGGACACGUAAAAAAUGAUCAGGUAAUGCGUUGGUUUUAUUAGUGUUUAAGUCAUAGCUCAUAGAAGUACUGUAUCUGUUUCAUCUCCUCAUGCCUUAAAUAGGAACCACUACGCAUUCAUCAUGGCGUGCAUGCUUAUCGCUGGAAUAAGAGAGUGGUCGUCUGCCUUUUGUGUCUGAUCAAGACUGCUCCUGCAGCCGUUUACCACGCCUACUGCCAGCAUCAUGUGUGCUUAGCGUGUGCCUUAUCCCGAGUGCCACUCGACCCGGCCGAUUCACACUGCGGCACUCAAUGUUUACCUCUCGCUCAGAACGGCACGACUCCGCCGCUGAAGAAAGGGAAGCUCUGUGUUAGGCUCGUAGGAUUCAGCACGUUUGCGUAUCCAUACCCUGUCGCUCCAUUAAAUAGUGCCAAUAACACAGAGACCCUCAUCAUUGAGCGUGAAUUGGAUGGUUUGCUGUUGUCAAGGCUUAGAGGCCUACGGUGUGGGUUGGAACCAGAUCCUAACACCAUUGUCCUUGCACAGGGGAGUGACCUGGAUGGAUUGUACAGUGACUCCAGUCCAAGGCUUCGGCCAUUUACUCAUUCAUUUGUUCAUCUGUUCAGUCAUCAAUUCAUUCUUCCACUUACCAAUUAAGUCAACUAAUGUCUAAAUUGGCUGGAGUGGGAGUGAGGCAAGUCCGGACCAUUUGUAAUGAUUCUAAUGCUUGAAAAGGAGUAUGUUACAGUUCAUUUAGUGAUAGUAGCCUGUGGCACUGCUUGCUGUAUGAUGAAACCUUUGCUUGCAGCUACAAUAUUAUCUUCCCCAUUAACUAGGUCAUCCCUAUGGGACCUCUAUGGUGCAAAAAAUGUUGCCUGUUUUUUUUUUUAGUUUUUUUCAAUUGUUUGUGCAUUUUGGCAAUGUGCCUCUUUAUGUUAUGUUAGUGACGUGUAAUUUGCCAAGAAUGUAAAAACCAGUCUCAUCGGAACACACUUGUAUGAAACACAUCAGAGCAAAACACUAUUUAAAAUGCCUAGAUAGGGUAAAAGUUUAUUGGCUUUUAUAUGCAUCAUUGGCAGAUGAUCUAGUUUUGUGUGAGGAACUUGAAAGCGAGCACGCUGGCUGUUGCGCCAACUUCUACAAAGGUUUUGUUGGCAGCCAGAUGAAAUCAAAUGAAGCUGGAGCCAUUUGCGAGAAAUAUCCCUCGCCUCUUGAUCACAGCAGUCUUCGGGAUUCUUUGCAGUCGCUGAAAGCACGGAUCUCAGAAGGCACAGCGUUUCUGCAAGCAAUUUUCCAAAGCGCAAACGGUUAACUGGGAGAUAAUUAAGUUUUAAUCAUUAAGAUCUGGCAGUGGCAGCCGUUCGGAGGCGGAAUGCGGCGCUUUGCCUGCCUCGGCCGGCUCGCCUUUCCUCUGCCAAAGCUGCUCCGGCUAACUUAUGCCACCCCAAAGCGAAGAACACUGAAGCACUGCCCUGUGAGGGUCUGCUGGAGCCGUCCUGCUCCAGAUCUGACCAGACACUGGAAAGUGAAGGGUCACAGUAGAUUUUUUAAAAGUGUAUGGAAAAGCACAAGUGAAAUUGUUUACUAACAUCUCUCAAAGGGAAUGCACACACUGUCCAUUUUCUACUUUGUGGUACUAAUUAUGACUGAACAAAGUUUUUGUCCUCUUUUCGAAUGUGAGAGGAGGGUUCGUCUGUUGCAGAGGGAACAUGUUAAUGCACCUUGUUUUUGUACACGGUGCACAGGAACAGGCGGAAUGGCGGGGCAGCCCUCGUCUGAUGUCUGUGGUGCACCAAUGGUGGGGAGAGCGUCUCCGGUGUGGCAUCUGUGUCUGUGGGGGGGCAACAGACCCCUCCCCCCCCCACCCAGGGCCUGGCCCGGCCAAGCCCUCAGACCAGUGUGGCAAACGUGUCGGCCCUUUGCCCAGUGGGCGCUGCAGUAUGGGGCGGGGGGUGUGGGGGGGCUCGGCCUCUGUUUGCCGUGUUUUACAGCAGCAUCGGAGUGCCUCUGCCAAACAGCUGGGUCAAAGUGGCACAAGCUGCCAACGCAGCACAGAGAAGCUGUCAUCCCCGCUCUCUGUGACGGAGAUUGAUGUGGGGGAUUGGGGGGAGCAGGGGGUUUGGGGGCGUGAUCGCGCAUCAGCUACCUGAUUUACUGGCCGCAAGGCCAUGCAGUGCCAUACCUCUCCUCACCAUCACCACACUGUUCAGUGCCAGUCCAUUAGCAAUAUGAUAUGUGACCUGACAGAUUUCGGCAAGCUACACAACCAUCACGAUUUUUCAUUUUGUAUGUUAACAA